GGCUUCCCGAUCUCCCUGCAGUGCACCAUCGGAAUGGAGGGGAGCAGCUUCGUGUUGGAGCUGGAACGGAAUGAGAACCUCCUCCCAGGCACGCACCGGCUCAUGUACUAUCGACCGGACGGGUCCCUGGUGACGGAAGAGGACCGCAACAUGACGAACUGCUAUUACCAUGGUUCCGUUCAUGGAUUUGCUGAUUCCCGGGUCAGUGUCAGUCUCUGCUCAGGGAUGAGGGGUUUGGUCGUACUGGCCAGGAACCAAAAUUACGGCAUCGAGCCCCUCUCGGGAGACAGGAAUGGCCUCCACCUCGUCCACAGGAUCGAGGGCAUUCACUUCAACAGGAAGCGAUGUGCGGUCAGCCACCAGCUUCCGGAACAUUCCACUCGUCAAGAAGACCAGCCAGACCUUCACAGGCUGCGCAUUGGCGUCCCGGCUCCUGUGCUCGGUUCCCCGGCCGAUAACAGCGAGCGUGCCGUCCCGGGCUACCCCACAUUUGUGCCAGCUGCGGGCACGCUCUGGUGCGGGUCUGGGCCUGCGUAUAUCCCUGCGCUCGAGAACACUGGUGCAGUUUGUUUUGUGAGAGGAUCGACGGAGACAGAAGAGCAGGAGGGAGAAGCGCGGCUGUUGGGAGCCGUGACGGCCAGGCCGGAGUUUAACGGGCCCAGCCUGAGGCCUUGCCUAGGAGCAGGGCACGCAGGCCGUGUUGAUGCUGCAUUGCUGAAGUGCCCUUCGGAGAUCCCACAGAGCCUGUUCCACGGGGGCAAUUACACAGUGCGGGUGCACAUUAAUGACUAUGUGGACAUCGUGUGCCCCCACUACGCAGGAACGACCCCCCAGGACCAGGCCGAGGCCUUCCACCUGUACAUGGUGGGCCGAGAGGGCUACAGGAACUGCCGGGCCGACAGCGCGGAUUUCAAACGCUGGGAGUGUGACCAGCCCUUCGCCCCAUUCGCUCCCAUCCGCUUCCUGGAGAAGAUCCAGCUGUUUACCCCCUUCUCCCUCGGAUUCGAAUUCCGGCCUGGGAUGGACUACUACUACAUUUCGAUCCCGCGCCAAGGGGCACAGGGGCGAUGCCAACGUCUUCGGGUAUCCGUGUGCUGCGAGCCGACCCUGAAGCCAACGACGGCGAAGGCUCAGAGACCCUGGACCGAGGAGGGGGUACAGCGAGACGCCUCAAAGUCGAACGUGCGAGGUCGAGCCCCCAGCCGCGAGCUCGGAGCCGGGAUCUACCUGCUUUGUCUGCUCUUGACCUCAGUACCCUGGUGGUUUCAAGGUCUCCCAGGGGCCUAGGCUCCCUCACUGAAAACAGAGAGAGAGGGAGGGAGGGGGAGGUCGCCCUGGGACCCCUUCCAAAGGAUCUCUGCCUAUUUAUUGCUGUGUAUUGCGGGCGAUGGAGACGUCGGAGAUCUCAUCGAUCAUCGUGGUUGAAUCCAAACCAAAUGGGAAGGCCCAGGCCUCAGGCCUACAGUCAACAUGGAGACAAACUGUUUUUGGACUCUACUUUCGAUGUCCCCCUCCCCCCUCUCUCUCUGCGGGCACAGACGUCUGAUCUCGGUCCUCAGACGGUCAGCACAUUUCGGACGGAUGUCUGUCACUGACCAGCAUGGCCGUCCCCCCUUCACCAGGAUUCCUGAGGCGCCACCACCUUCCUCGGGGAGGGGGGGGGGCUCCCCCGCAAACCAGGACCUCGAUCCCUGGGAACCCAGAGACGCGCCGCCAUCUGUUUCAGGGAGGGCCGUGUUUUGGUUGAAAUUUUGCGGCCUACAUCAACCCCAGCGUCGAUUUCCGAACAGCUCCCAGCUGAGCUUGUCCCCGGGAGGAGAGGAGCACAGUCCUGCUACAUCUCCCACAAGGCCUCAACAAAACUUUGAUGCUCAGGCCUUGUGACCUUUCUGCCCACUCAAGGCCUGUGGCCUGUGGCCUUCGGUGGACUCUAAGCCUGGGAAUCGUCAACCAUGUGUUUGUGGGAAUGACAAAGCCUUUCGGCGCAGGCCCGGAUUUUGUGGGAAUGACAAAGCCUUUCGGCACAGGCCCGGAUUUUGUGGGAAUGACAAAGCCUUUCGGCGCAGGCCCGGAUUUUGUGGGAAUGACAAAGCCUUUUGGCACAGGCCCGGAUUUUGUGGGGAAUGACAAAGCCUUUUGGCGCAGGCCCGGAGUUUGUGGGAAUGACAAAGCCUUUUGGCGCAGGCCCGGAUUUUGUGGGAAUGACAAAGCCUUUCGGCGCAGGCCCGGAUUUUGUGGGGAAUGACAAAGCCUUUUGGCGCAGGCCCGGAGUUUGUGGGAAUGACAAAGCCUUUUGGCACAGGCCUGGAUUUUGUGGGAAUGACAAAGCCUUUUGGCGCAGGCCCGGAUUUUGUGGGGAAUGACAAAGCCUUUUGGCACAGGCCCGGAGUUUGUGGGGAAUGACAAAGCCUUUUGGCGCAGGCCCGGAGUUUGUGGGAAUGACAAAGCCUUUUGGCACAGGCCCGGAGUUUGUGGGGAUUGGGGGCUGAUGGACUCGAGCCAGGAGGAGGGCCCACGUAAGGGAGGGCGGAAUACCGGGACAGUGAAUGUAUUUUUAAACGUCAGUCUGGGAAUAUUUAUUCUCCAAAAUAAAACGAUGGCGAAGGUCGGGAGAAGUCGGCCAUUUCAUCCCGAGGCUCUUUCUCCCGAGAUUCUCCCCUUUCCCUCUCCCGGUUCCACCAGGAAGUUUAGCCAGAAGAAGGCGCCGCAGGAUACCUAACCCCGUGCUAUCCCUGUCCCGAGGAUGGGGGAACAGUG